CGACCUUGCAAAUCGUCAGCAUCUCGAUUCUCAUCUCCGCCGCGUCCCAGCCAUGCCGACGUCGACCAGGUCGCACCGGUUCGCCGUGGUCGACGCGUUCACGGACGUGGCGUUCCGCGGCAACCCGGCAGCCGUGUGCCUGCUCGACGGCGCCGGCUCCGGCGCGCGCAUCCACGACGUGGACCGGAAGUGGAUGCUCGCCGUGGCAGCCGAGAGUUCAACGCGCCGGACACGGCGUUCUUCGCCCCCGCCCCCGCCGACAGAGGCACGACGACGCCGCGCGCGCUUCCAUAUCCGGUGGUUCACCACGGUGACCGAGGUUGAGCUGUGUGGGCACGCGACGUUGGCUGCCGCGCACUUCCUGCUCACCGGCGGCGUCGUCGGGACCGGCACUACUGGCGCCAUCGAGUUCGUCACCAUGUCAGGGUUGGUCUGGUCUUGGUCCUGACGGCGAGGUGGCAGGUGAAGGCCCGUAAUCGAGCCCAAGACUCUGCUACUCAUGGAGUUGAUCGCGGCGGGUUCUGCAUCGAGCUGGCCUUCCCCGUGGCGUCAGUUGAGGAAUGCGCCUCCGGCGAGGUGGCGGGCCCUGAACGCGUGCCCACACGUAGUAAUUUACUUUAUUAGGGAUCUCUACUACUCCCUCCGUUUCAAAUUGUAGGUUGUUUUGGCUUUUCUAGGUCAUAGAUAUUAUUAUGCAUCUAGAUAUAUAUGCAUAGCAAAAAAAUAUGCACCUAGAAAAGCAAAAACGAUCUACAAUUUGGAACGGAGGGAGUAACAUUUUCAUAGUUCCGAGUUCAAGAAAGUGAAUGGAAAAGCGGAACACAUGAUCAACGGAACUGACGAAAAUGUUUUCUGUGCCCUCCCUGCUGUCACGGUCAGAUCGAACUCUCGUCGUCAGAAGAGGUCGCCCGUCUCUAUCCUAACUUCAUUGAGAUUCAGGAAUGUGCGAAAAGGGCGAUCAUCAUCGCAGGUCCAGCUCCAAUUGGAUCUCAAGUUGAUUUCAUCACCUUAUUGUUCGCCCCAAAUGUUGCCAUUAACGAGGAUCAAGUGUGUGGAAGCGUACACUGCGCCUUCGCGCCUUACUGGGCAAAGAAGCUUGGGAAGACUAGGCUUACGGCACAGAUGGCUUCUUCAAGGGGCGGAACGUUGCGCCUGGAGCUCAACGAACAUGCGCAGCGGGUGCGGAUCCGUGGAGAAGCUGUGACUGUCAUGGUUGGCACUCUGCUAGCUUGAGGGCACAGACUUUUAUCUGUCUGAAUAAUACGAUGCUGCAUGAAAAUAAGCUUGGAGACUUUGUAACCGGAAUGCAGUGAUAGGUGAUAAUAACUUGAGUAAAAAGGGGGGGGGGAGUCGAUCGCGUUGAGUGUAUGCAUCUAAUCAGGCCGGAGUGUUGGCCUAGGAACGAGUAGCCCAUUCAGAAAUUACACAUCCGUUCUAGGCGGGCUGAAUUGGAUCGUGUUUAUUUCCGUGACCAAAAAUUGUAGCGGGCUAAAAUCAGGCAAGCCAAUAGCAAACCAAUGGGCCGGCAACUGACAUGGGCUGUCCGUGAACUAACUUGCUUCAUUUUUUUUUAGGGCGAUAACAAACUUGCUUGACUGGGUACAAAUUUAGGCGGGCCAGUAUCACUGUAGCCAGGUAAUAAAAAAGAAAAAGAGAAUCCUAAAAAAACAUAAUAGAUGGCGCACAUGGACCACGUGACUAGCGUACAAGCAACCCCGUCGGUGUAUCACCAAUCGUAUCAUCAAAAGAUACGAUGUGUUUAUGCCAUGCUACGUAUAUUCCCAUCACCGACAACAUUCAUAUACUCGAAUACGAUUGUAAGUACAUACGCACAUCGAUGAUCGAUCUGCAGCAGCCGCAACGCGUACCUUGUCUGUUUCAGAAACAACGUGCAACGCGAGGUCGGGAGCGACAGAUCUGCACACUUUGCUAUACAACUAUACAAUCGUCGGAAAAAUAAUUGGAGGUAGUGCGAUAGGUAGAUCUACAUUGAGUUUUCGCCCGUGACGCCACCCUUAGCGAGUCGAUAGCUAAGUGCUCGUCCC